AUGGCCCGAAUCUCGUUGGACUGCACCAACUCUUUACCAGGGAUCCCCCUCAGUGUGCUGUCAGUGCCUAUGGAGAAUAAGUACAAAUGUCAGCAGUGUCUCCAGGUCCUGAGGAAGCCUGUCCAGGCUCAGUGCGGCCACCGCUUCUGUGUACACUGCUUCAAGCAGCUCACCAGUUCUGGGCCAAAGCCUUGCGAAGCCUGCCGCCAAGAGGAGAUAUAUGAGGAACCUAUUUCCAUCCUAAAUAGUAAUGAGGCAUUUCCAGACAAUGCAGCCGGCCGAGAAAUAGCAAGUCUGCCUGCCAGGUGUUUGAACCAGGGCUGUGAUUGGACAGGCUCAAUAAAAGAGUAUGAGGCUCAACAUGAAGGUCGUUGUGAAUUUGAGCGGAUACAGUGUGAGGCCUGCCAAAUCUCAAUCCUUCGUACAGACAAGGACAGACAUAAUGAGAGAGAAUGUGAAGCACGAACGCUCAACUGCAAAUACUGCAAAAUGACCUUCAACUUUAAAGACAUCAAGGCCCAUGAUGAGAUCUGUCUGAAGUUCCCCUUACAAUGCAAGGACUGUGGCAAGAAAAAAAUCCCAAGAGAAAAGUUCAAUGACCACAGCAAAUCCUGCGCCAAGUCAAAGAGUGCCUGUCCAUUCAGUGAUGUGGGCUGUAAAUCUGUGAUAGAUAAUGGGAAGCUCGCUGACCAUGAGCACAGCAGCACCAUGGAGCACUUGCGUCUGCUGCUGCCCAUGGUGCUGUCCAUGGCUAGGACGCGUGCCGAUGCUGCUGCUCACGGAGAGUGGCAGGAGGACUCUGGCCUGGGCCUGUACAGGGCUCCUGAGGAGGGGGUCACUAUGGGCUCUGGAGCUGCAGCCUCCAUGCAGUCUGUGGACGUGGACAAAAAGGUGAACGCUUUAGAAAACAUUGUGUGUGUCCUAAACCGAGAGGUGGAGCGCAGUUCGGUUACAUUGGAGGCUUUCUCACAUCAGCAUCGUUUAGACCAGGAAAAAAUUGAAAACCUCUCCAACAAAGUGCGUCAGCUAGAGCGGACAGUCACCAUGAGAGACUUGCAGCUGUCUGAAACUGAACAGCUGUUGCGAGAGCUCCAGUUCUGCACCUACGACGGGAUAUUUGUGUGGAAAAUCUCUGACUUCUCACGCCGCAGACAGGAUGCCGUGGCCGGUCGAACACCUGCAAUGUUCUCACCAGCAUUUUACUCCAGCAAAUAUGGCUACAAAAUGUGUCUGAGGCUUUAUUUGAACGGCGACGGGACGGGCAGAGGAACGCACCUUUCGCUGUUCUUUGUCGUCAUGAGGGGAAAGUGCGACGCUCUGCUCAAAUGGCCAUUCAGUCAGAAGGUGACUCUAAUGCUCUUGGAUCAGAACAACAGGGAGCACAUCAUCGAUGCUUUCCGCCCCGAUGUCACCUCCACCUCCUUUCAGCGGCCGAUCAGUGAGAUGAACAUCGCCAGUGGCUGCCCGCUCUUCUGUCCGCUGGCUAAACUGGCUGGCAAGAGCCCCUAUCUGAGAGAUGAUACCAUUUUCAUCAAAGCCAUCGUAGACCUCACAGGCUUGUAACUGGGGAAGCUGUGGAAGCUACACCAAAGCAUUUCUAAAAACAAACAAAUAAUUAUUCAUAAUAAUAAUAAUAAUAAUAAUAAUAUAUCUAUAUGAUAUUAUGGUAAUAUCUAUGAUAAUAUAUGAUAUACUAUGUGGCUAUGAUAUUACACAAUAUCAUAUCUACACUAUACAUGUAAUAAUGUGUCACGUUAUGACGGAUGUACAAGGGUGUGUAAAAUAACAAUCAUGGUAGUGGAUCUGUAAUGGUUAUAGGCAUCUAUCUUUAGUGAAGCAAUUACACUGAUUUACCUGUGCUUUAUAGAAGUUAAUAAUCAAUUAUUGUUAAUGUCUUGUAUAGUUAAGACUUUUGGCAGUACUUAGAUCACAUAAAAAGUUAGUAUUUCAGUAUGAAGCUGUAAGCAGGCGUUAAAACAGAGUUUUGAAUUUAGUAAAAUUAAGAGCAGCUGAGUUCAAAAUCUCCUUGAUGACAAACGGGUCUGUAAUCAGCUGUCUUUUUUUGGGGGCAUUUCAGCCUUUAAUGGAAAGAACAGCUAGACAUGAAAGGGGGGAGAGAGAGAGGGCAAUGACAUGCAGGAAAAUCAUCACAGGUUGUACUCAAACCCUGGACCUUCUGCGUCGAGGCAUACACCUCCUAAAUAUGUUCGCCUGCUCUACCAACUGAGCUAACCCGGCCACAAUCAGCUGUCAUCUUAAUGUGACCCUGUCAGCUUAUAACUAACCCUAAAGGCUUAUAACUAUUUGUAUCAAAUACCUUGUUUAUAGUAAUUAUAUUUUAUAUUAAUUAGAAUACACCUAAGUUACUAUUUUAUGACAUUUUAUAGACCAAUAAUCAAUUAUACAAUAAAAUAAUCAUCAUAUUAAUCAAUAUAGCUCUGCUAGAGAAAAUGAAUCCACUUUUAAACCAUAUAACCAUAUAAGCCAUUUGAUUCAUUUUGGUGAUCUAGCAAGCAGCAUAAACUGCAUAAACACAGCUAAGAUUAAGGUUAUAGUAUAGAAUGAGGUUUUUGAACUAUGAUAUAUCUACACGAAUCAUUGAUUUAUGUCAUCAAGUGAGGGUCAGCAUCACAAAUGGGCUUGGGUGAAAAAUAUCCAGAGAACCAGAUUACCCUUAUACUGUAUCUGAUGAUUUCCUGAAUAUGAAACUCUCAUCUUACAUGUGAAUGUGACAGCUUUCCCCUGUGGGCCACCAAAAGGCUCUAUGAUACUUUCCAAUGCGUUCCGCUGGUGUGAUGUCUCACAACCCACUUCAUGGACCGCUUUCAGUAACUGAAAAUAUACCUGUUGCAAAACCACAAGCUACUGUGUCACACUGGCUGUUUGUUGUUGGUGUAUUUUGUUUGCUCCUGUUAUGCUGUUGUCAUGAAUGUGGACAUGAUGUACUGUUCAACAUGCCCCAAAACAUUAUUUAUAAAAAUCUAUAAAGGGGAAUUUCUCUGUGAAAACAGCUGUGUAAGGUUUUCUGUGCUUCAGGAGGGAGUUUUGUAAGUUCUGAUCAAAACACAGUCUCUUGUGUCAUGGAGACAGCGGUGGGCUCAGGCUGUCUGAGGGCCAGGGGUGAAAAAAAAUAAAAAGGGCACCAGCUGCAUGCUGUGGGGCACCAGCAUGCAGAAAGUUUUCUAGCAUGAGGGUAGCCUAUAUGGCAUUGCAUCACAUUUUGUCCAUUUGAAGGCACCCAUUUUCUCUACUAAAAGGGCACUUUAUCAUGUUUUAUCUACCGAAGAGGUCACCAGUGCUUGGAGACUACAAAUCAGAACAAAGUCUGUUACAAACUGGGGCGUGGAGUUGCCAGACAGGGAGAGUCUAAUGAAAAGACUCUAUUGGUUGCAUCAUGGGAAAUAUAGGAUCCAGUGUUUUGCGAUUUUUUUACUCAUACUAGGGAUGAUAAUUCAGGAUGUUUCGGGCCUCUGUUGUAGCAAUUUUUACCAUUACUUUUUUAAAUCUGUCUCUUGCAAGUCCUCCAACUUUAUGGAAAUAAAAUACAAAAUUGCUGUA